AACGCUUAACGCUGGCCGGUUGUGUUUGUAAACAAGCCGAGCAGCUCCUGUCUCGUGUUCCCAUCUAAGCAGCUGCCCCACCACCACCAGCUGGCCUUGUCACCAACAAUAUGGAUCCUGAUGAAAAAUUCGCAAGACAACUCCAAGCUGAGUUUGACGCAGAAAACAAAGCUGCAGAAGCACUGGAGCAGCAAGAUGCAAAAUUUGCUCAGAGCAUCGCCUCUAAGUUCCACGAAAUGUCCGAGACUGAUGAUGAUGAUGAGGAGGAGGAGGAGGAGCAGGAGGAGGAGGAGGAGGCCAGUAGUCGCAGUGGUGGAGCAGGACAAGUGUUACAGUGUGGCAAUACAGCAACACAAGCAAGUAAAAAUUAUUCUGAAGCAUCUCCCAGCUGUCAUAAAGAUGGUGUUACCAACUCCCCCAAAACCCCACCAAAGAAACGACCUCCUUGUGAAUAUGGAUCUUCUUGUUACCGAAAAAACCCAUUGCACUUGAAGGAGUUUUAUCACCCCCCCCUGGAGGGUGGUGAAAAGGAGACAGUACACAAGAGAAACAAAGAAUGUACUCCUGGCACUGCUGGACCACCAAAGAAAAGGUUAAAAGAAUCUGUACCUGUUGGCACAUCUCAAAAGAUAAGCAGUUCCAAGUUGCCAUUUCCAGCACGUUUGUCUGCCAGUGAGCCUUUUAAUUUCUUCCUCAACAAGACCUUCAGCAUAAAGGAGACUCAGGAAGACCCAUUGGCUCUAGUGUUUCCAGAUCUCCUCAACCCACAGCUUGGAGAGCUUGUAGAGUCCGCUCAGCUAAACUUCAUGGUUGAUCUUGAAUUCCUAAUGGAGAACUAUAAGGCCGGACAAGCACACACAAAACCCCUGCUGGUGAUGUAUGGAGAGAUGGAGGGCGACCCUAAGGCCCAUUCCUCCGUUGUGUGUAAUAAGGUCAAGAUAUCAUUUCAAUACGGGACUCACCACACCAAGAUCAUGCUAUUUCAAUACAAGACUGGCUGUCGAGUUGUUGUUCACACGGCCAACCUCGUCCCUGAUGACUGGUACGAGAAGACUCAGGGGUAUUGGGUGUCACCUGUCUUUCCUGAGCUUGAGAACGGAAGAGAGAGCCUCCUAGAUGGAGAGUCGCCCACUCGCUUCAAACGCGACUUGGUGGAUUACCUCUUGGCAUACAAAGUUCCAGACCUCACACGAUGGGCAAACCUCGUCAAGAAAUAUGACUUCAGUAACUGCAAUGCGGUGUUUGUUGGUAGUGUUCCGGGCUACCACAGGGGGGAGAGCAAGGACCGGUGGGGACACAUGAAAGUUCGUCGGGUGAUGAAACAACACGCAAGUUCCUGGAAGUCGUCUCUGCCAAUCCUUUUCCAGUGUUCCUCAAUAGGCUCCUUGGGGAAGGAUGCCAGGUCUUGGAUGUCUGGAGAACUUGGCAUGAGUCUUACUGGUGUACCAGGAGUGUGUGCCAGUGCCCCCAUGGUAAAUCUAGUUUAUCCAAGUGAGGAUGACAUCUGUAACAGUAGCCAGGGGUGGAUGGGAGGGUCAUGUCUUCCCUAUAACUCAGCAACGCAUGAGAAACAACCGUGGCUAAUGCAGCAUUUACAUCUCUGGCGAAGUGACAAGAGACAUCGGACAAAGGCGAUGCCACACAUUAAAUGCUACACUCGUGUAAACAUGAACUGUUCAGCAGCGCAGUUCUUCCUCCUGACCUCCGCCAACCUGUCAAAGGCAGCUUGGGGUACACUACAGAUUCAGAACUCCCAGUUAUUUAUCAGAUCUUAUGAGGCUGGAGUCCUUCUUUUGCCCAAGUUUGUGAACGACAACACUGAAUUUGAGUUGGGGUCUCCAAGCAGUCCAUCUUGUUUGUCUCUGCCUUAUGAUGUGCCACUGAGACCCUACCCUGAUGGGGCGACUCCCUGGUUUAUGAACACGCGCAAGAAACGAUCCGAUAUCUUUGGCCGUACAUACCCCUAAUAAAUUUUAAUGCUGUACUACAGUGAAUGUAUUUUUUACUUAUCAUUUCAUUAUUUGUAUAAUCAGAAAACAUAUAUUGUAUGCUUUCACUUUUUGUAAGGAUAAUGUUCAUGAAAAAACCAUGAAUCCAAUUCAAAGGAAAAAAAAAAUUUAAUGUACUAUGUUCAUAAUUUUAAUAUUUUAUGGACUCCAAAUUUCCACUCAACAUUCCACCUUAACUAUCUGCUUACUGUAUUGUAAAGAAUAACAAAUACUAUUAUAAACUUCUACCUCCUGUAACUCAUUCAUAAUAUCACUUUGUUAUUAUUGGUACCAAACUUCCUCUCUGUACCCAGGUGCCAGCAUAGCAGGUAUUAAUGGUGAUGCUCGGAGGUACAGUACACUAAGAGAUGAGUGCGGUUCUACAGAGGCGGUGAUACACAAUACAGAUACAGACGUUAUGGUGGGGGUGUUCACGAGUACUGCUGGAACUAACUAUCUGCCACACACCUCCCCAUUGCUUGUUCCUAAUCACCUCCCAUUGUUUGUUCCUGUCGUUAAAAGAUUAUUAUAAUUUACGAUAUAUUUUGUUUUUUCCCAGAUAUCAUUCUUGAUAGGAUUUUGCCAUGUCAUUUAUACAGCGUUUUUUAGUUAAUCCAUAUCUCAUGAGAUCGGCAAAAAAUUCAAACUAUGGUCAAAAUUAGUUUAUUGUGAUACAUCAAAAUUGUUAAUUUACAGACCACACAAACUGAGGCUUAACUAUACUGUAUUACUCAACUACUGAAGUGUACUGGUUUUGUUAUUUUAACCUUUAUGUAUUUAACCAGAAACUGCAAGUUUUAUUUUAUUUUUAUAUCAUUUGAAGCAUAAAGCAUCAUUCCUGUUCAAAGUGUGAAUGAGAUUGUUUAAUACUACAGCUAUAAGAGUACAGGUACAGUACAGUAUAGUAUAAUAUUUUUGUACACUAUGAAUCAUUAGAAUAGGUCCAUCACAUCAUCAGAAGGUACAAUGUAGUUUAACGCAUCCUUCAGUCAGAGUCAAAAUGGUUCGUGAAGAUCUCAUGUUUUGACCAUUGGCAUCUUUGCCGACCUUCCUGUACUGUACUGUAUCUUAUAUAGAAAAGAUUAAGUUUUGUUUAAAACCUUCUUACUGUCUCAACAUUCCUCUCUUCUUGGUUCACAUUACACAUCGCUUAUUACCUCACUUCUCAUCUCCCUUCUUCCUUAACUUUCCUUCUUCCCUCACUUUUCUACUCCCUUCUUUCCUCACGUCUCACCUCCCCCCUUCUUGCCUUACCUCACGCACCCCUUACAUCACUUUGCCUCACAGUCGUCCAUGAUUUACAUGUCCAGGCAUUCUACUUUUUAUCUUUCUUCAAAUUCAUCUUUCAUAUUUUCUUUUUACGUCUUAUAUUUACGACUGUAUUUAUUUUUUCUCGCAUAUUUACUCUACUGUAUUUACAAGUUUGUUUUACUUUAGGGAGUAAUAGUGUUGGUGUUUAUUGUGAAUUGCAGUUUGUUGAAGACCUAAAUAUAAGCAUUUUAAUUAAGAAUU